GGCCGUUGUUUAUAGCUUCUCUCUCUCUCUCAUUUUCAAGGCUUCAAGUUUUGCUAUAAAAGUCUGCCUCUUUUUUCGCCAACCCAUCUCUGACUCUGUACUGUACGCACUCAAUACCGGGGAAGUUUCGAUCUUUAGGAGAAUGGACACAUGUUCAAGUGCUAGGAAGACUUGUUUUGUAGAGGAAGAUGAUGGUUUGGCUUCCUUAGUAGAUGUGGAAGCUGGGUAUUCUGGAAAGACUCAGCAUCCUUUCUUUUCGAGGUCAAUCUGUUACCCAAGGAAGAGUAGUUUGAGGAAUUUGUCAUCGACUGUGUCUUCUCCAAGAUCUGUGAGGUUUUAUGAUGCUAGAUUUGAAGAUAAUCAACCCCAUUUCUUGGAAGCUUGUUUUCUUUGCAAGAAGCCUCUUGGAGGCAACCGUGAUAUCUUCAUGUACAGAGGCGACACACCAUUCUGUAGUGAAGAGUGCAGACAAGAGCAAAUUGAGAUAGAUGAAGCGAAAGAGAAGAACUGGAAUCUUUCUUCAUCAGUGAAAGCUUUGAGGAAGAAAGACCAAAAGAAGUCCUCUUCUCCCAACAAAGCCCAGAACUACCCCUUACGUACCGGCACUGUUGCAGCUGCUUAAAUCAAGUUCAUAUUAUAAAUAACCCAAAGAAAACAAAAAAAGGGAAAAAUACAAAGUAAGAAGAGAAGGACGAUAUAUAACUUUUAAAAAGCUGUAUAAGAGAUGAUGGUUUUGAAGUUUUAACCCACGAAGGGAUGUGCUCAACUAGAGGGAGAUUAUGAGGAGGAAGAAGACCCAAUUUGUGGGGGUUUUUUUUGACCUUUUUUUUUUUUAACUGACUGUGGAUGUUACAUAUGAAGUACAAAAUGCUUGGCUUCUGAUUAUAUAUAGAUUAGCUUUUCUCGGUA